GAGUAUUGAGGGGCGGGGCGGAGGUGGAGAUCCGGAUCCGGAGCGGCUGAAAGGCGGAAGUGGAGGCCGGAGCCUGGGACACCGCCGGGGGGGAGAGAAGCAGAGCCCGUCCGAGCCCCGGCCCCAAGUAACGCCGCCGCCCCGGAGCCGCCUUGGAGGUCCCCCUCCCCACUAAGUGCCUCUCUGCAUAGCACUGGUCCCCACCCGCACGCUCUCUGGACCACUACAGCUGGACGGGCAAUGGCGGGUCGGGGAGGCGCAGCACGACCCAAUGGACCAGCCGCUGGGAACAAGAUCUGUCAGUUUAAGCUGGUUCUGCUGGGGGAGUCUGCGGUGGGCAAAUCCAGCCUCGUCCUCCGCUUUGUCAAGGGACAGUUUCACGAGUACCAGGAGAGCACAAUCGGAGCGGCCUUCCUCACACAGACUGUCUGCCUGGAUGACACAACAGUCAAGUUUGAGAUCUGGGACACAGCUGGACAGGAGCGGUAUCACAGCCUGGCCCCCAUGUACUAUCGGGGGGCUCAGGCUGCCAUCGUGGUCUAUGACAUCACCAACACAGAUACAUUUGCACGGGCCAAGAACUGGGUGAAGGAGCUACAGAGGCAGGCCAGCCCCAACAUCGUCAUUGCACUCGCGGGUAACAAGGCAGACCUGGCCAGCAAGAGAGCCGUGGAAUUCCAGGAAGCACAAGCCUAUGCAGAUGACAACAGUUUGCUGUUCAUGGAGACAUCAGCAAAGACUGCAAUGAACGUGAACGAAAUCUUCAUGGCAAUAGCUAAGAAGCUUCCGAAGAACGAGCCCCAGAAUGCAACUGGUGCUCCAGGCCGAAACCGAGGUGUGGACCUCCAGGAGAACAACCCAGCCAGCCGGAGCCAGUGCUGCAGCAACUGAGCCCCCCUUGCCUGCCCACUGCCCCCACCUCCUCCACCUGAACGACCCGACUGGAAUCCACUCUAACCAAUCGCACUUAACGACUGGGGCCACCACUGGGGGGGCAGGGGGAGGGGUCCACCAUGAUUUCUCCAUAUAAUUUUGAUCAUAGGCCGGAGUGAGUUAUUCCACCUGCACCUUUCUGUACAAAUACUAAUUCAAUUUUAAGUCUUAAGUCACUUUUUUAAUAUAUAUGAUCUUCUGCUCUUCCCACUUCCUCCCCUUUCUACUGCUCUCCCAUUUUCCCUUGCUGGGAGUAGCCACAUGCUCUUGUCCCCCCACCCUUGUAUAUGGGGACAGUGGGGUCAGAGCAGCUACCCUUUCUUUCCCUCCUGCGGAACAGCAGACCCAGCAAGAGCAUCCACAUCCUCACCUUGUUCGGAGUGGUCUUGGGUUUGGGCGGGGGGGGCAGACCUUGGGAAGGGGCUUAGGAAGGGAGAGGCAGCUCUUCCUUCAGCUGGCUCUCAUCAGGCUGCAGUCCCCCUCCCCGCCCCCACCUCCCUGCUGGGAAACCACAGCAUUAUCACAGCAUUAUUGUGACAGCCACGAACCCAUUGCCCACAACCCUUCCACCCUUGGUCACCCCGACCUCUGGCUCUGAGCCCUGUUCUGACCAAAUCACGAUGAUGAGUAUUUGGGGGUGGGUGGGUAAGGGGGGGAGUGGGAGGGGACGGAACCAACUUUUCUGUAUUUUGUAUUGUAUGUUUUCUUCAACAUGUAACCAAUCAGUAUCUUGUCAAUAUAGUCAGCCGAUCGAUCGACCUCA